AUGUAUCCAGUCUACGCAAACUCACCUUGCAUAAAUUCCUACAAAGUCUUCUGUCCAUCGACGCAACGAAUAGGAAAUGGAUAUACCCCUCGUUUUGUCCGACGAAGCUCUUCCCGUCUACAAGAAAUCUUGAAAUUGAAAUAUACAGUCUUUGAAAAACCAGAGUAUCCAUUCGACUCGAAGUUCGAAGCUUGUAUGACUUUUUUACACUAA